CUUCCACACAACAUAACACAAACCCUUCUCUUCCUCAAAUCUCCCCCAUCCCAAAAAUCCUCCAUAACAUUAUUAUUAUACAAUCUACAUUUCCCAUUUUACCCUCACUUCUCUUUCGAAUUCUCACCCCAUUGCCACUUCACUCAGAUGUCUUGUGAACUGAAAUGAAGAAGACGAUCCAAAUCCUCCUCCUCUUCUUCCUCUUCAUCAAUCUCACCAACUCUUUCUCUCACGGCGGUGUUCUCUCCGAUAACGAAGUCCGUCACAUUCAACGCCGUCAAUUACUCGAAUUCGCCGAACGAAGCGUCAAAAUCACCGUUGAUCCUUCUCUAAUAUUCGAGAAUCCGAGACUACGAAAUGCUUAUAUAGCUCUACAAGCUUGGAAACAAGCGAUUCUCUCUGAUCCAAACAAUUUCACUUCGAAUUGGAUCGGAUCCAAUGUCUGUAACUACACCGGAGUUUUCUGUUCUCCGGCGCUUGAUAAUCGGAAGAUCCGUACCGUCGCCGGAAUCGAUCUCAAUCACGCCGAUAUCGCUGGUUAUUUACCUGAAGAGCUUGGUUUGUUAUCAGAUCUCGCUUUGUUUCAUGUUAAUUCAAACCGGUUUUGUGGUACUGUACCACACCGGUUUAACCGGCUAAAGCUUUUAUUCGAGCUUGAUCUUAGUUACAACCGGUUCGCUGGGAAAUUCCCGACUGUUGUCUUGCAAUUACCGUCGUUGAAGUUUUUAGAUCUCCGGUUUAAUGAAUUUGAAGGAACUGUACCUAAAGAGCUUUUUAGUAAAGAUCUUGACGCGAUUUUUAUAAACCAUAACCGGUUCCGGUUUGAGUUACCGGAGAAUUUCGGUGAUUCGCCGGUUUCGGUUAUUGUUUUGGCGAAUAACCGGUUCCAUGGUUGUGUACCUUCGAGUUUGGUGGAGAUGAAGAAUCUUAACGAGAUCAUCUUUAUGAACAAUGGUCUUAAUUCUUGUUUACCGUCUGAUAUCGGACGGUUAAAGAACGUGACGGUGUUUGACGUUAGUUUUAACGAACUUGUUGGGCCGUUACCGGAGAGUGUUGGUGAGAUGGUUUCGGUGGAGCAGCUUAAUGUGGCGCAUAAUAAGUUGUCGGGAAAGAUUCCGGCGAGUAUUUGUCAGCUACCGAAGCUUGAGAACUUCACUUAUAGUUACAAUUUCUUUACUGGAGAAGCGCCUGUGUGUUUGAGGUUGCCGGAGUUUGAUGAUCGGAGAAAUUGUUUGCCGGGAAGACCUGCUCAGAGGUCUCCAGGGCAAUGUAAAGCUUUCUUGUCUCGUCCUCCGGUGAAUUGUGGAUCGUUUAUUUGUGGCCAACAACCACCACCACCACCUCCACCGUGUAUAGAGUAUUCACCUCCUCCUCCACCAGUCAUUCAUUAUAGCUCUCCGCCUCCACCGCCAGUCUACUACAGCUCUCCGCCACCUCCACCAGUCUAUUACAGCUCUCCACCGCCGCCACCGCCGGUUCAUUACAGCUCACCCCCACCACCGGAAGUCCAUUACAGUUCUCCGCCGCCACCUCCAGUACAUUAUAGCUCUCCGCCGCCGCCACCAUCAGCUCCAUGUGAAGAAUCUCCUCCACCAGCACCGGUAGUUCAUCACAGUCCACCACCGCCGAUAGUUCACCACAGCCCACCACCACCACCAGUAGUCCACCGUAGUCCACCACCACCGUCUCCUGAAUAUGAAGGACCACUACCACCGGUCAUCGGAGUAUCAUACGCGUCUCCUCCACCACCGCCGUUCUAUUGAUUCUUUUGAGAAACACGAGACUGAAACGAUGACGUGGCACGAACCCUAAACAGAUUGAAACACUAUACGACGUCGUUGGUCAAUUCUUACACAGAUAAAAUUAUUUUGUGAAAAAAAAAUUAUAAGAGAAAAAGAAAUGGCUGAUUAAAAAGUUUAUUGUAUAGAGAGGAUGGGUCUUGUGUUUUCUAUUAAUUUUAUUUUUUUCCCUCUUUUAUUUGGAUUUCGUAGCACAUUAUUCGUUUUAGAUUUUGUAUUUUAUAUAUGAGAAGAGCAUAGGCUAUACAUUUUUUUUGUUCA